ACGUCGACACCAGGGUCAUCUAAGGUCAUCAUGUCUAAACAAUCGUAGCUUUGGUAAACGUUCUUUGACAAUUGUUUACACAAAAGAAGAUAAACUGGACAUAAUCACUUUGGACUCCGUUCUGUUUAUGCACAUUAAGUAGAUCAAACUAUCCGUACGCAACUAACACCAUGUUCAAGAAGUUGAUCGGCGCUGAUCCCGAGUUAGCCUGGAAACUUGCCGGAUCUAUGAUGGUCUCGGAGCUCCUCGGCGAUCACGUGGUCACGGUGCCCACUCUGGAAAACGCGCACUGCUUCGGACCGGCCACAGUCCUGGUCAAGGCUCCCCAGACCUUCACAGAUAAAGCCACCCACCGCCAUGGCUCCUUCCACGCCGUUGGCAGACUGUAUGACCUGUGCGUCUGCCUACCACAAUGUAUCAAGUUUGGCCUGGUGCCACAGACGGACACAAUCUGGAAGAAACCUAAGCCCGGAAAGACGCUCUCAGUCGGCCACAGAUCUCUAAGGCAGCCGCUUAUUGAGAAGAAAAAGAUACACAUGGAGGUUCGAGACGUGGUGAAGAAGACAAUUUUCUUGGACUUGAAGGAGAAGGUUCAGUUAAGAGACGACAAUGAGGAGAUCAGCACGGCGACAUCUGUGUAUAUCAUCACAGAGGUGUUCUACGCGACAGGCCUGGACGUCCAGGUGACUGUGGACGGCAGAAAAGGCGCGUUUUCCACCGACACGGACAUCCCCAUCGCCUUCAGGUACCAGAAGUACAAGCUGGAAGAUGACGGUGCAAUAGGUGACGGGUUGGACAGCAAUAUUAAGAAAAACAGGACAUCUCGCCUGCUGGUCAAAACGGCUUAUGUCGAGAGACUAAACAGUAUCAUGAGAUCCGAGGCGCAGAACUUGGUGGUCGGGUGGAAGACACCGCCGCCAGUGGUGGCAGAGGUUCUUCCAGGUAUGGUGGACGACAAAAUGACGUCAUCAAAACCCCGUGGUGCAGGAGGCCAGGCAUGGGCGUGUCCCACGGAGGGUACUGCGCAUGUCAGCUGUGACGUAGGGAAACCAAAACUCACAGUGACGACCGAACCCUGCUGUUUCUGUUUCUAGUGAUAAAUUUCAUAGAUCGGUCCAAGCUUGCUUCAAUUUGUGCUGUCAAAUAAAUUUCCUCAUAUUA